AUUGAGUACAUUUUGGUUUGUUCCAGUAGCCGGAUCGAGCUGGGGGAUGUGACACCACACAAUAUUAAACAGUUGAAGAGAUUGAACCAGGUCAUCUUUCCAGUCAGCUAUAAUGAUAAAUUCUACAAGGAUGUGCUAGAGGUUGGCGAGCUAGCAAAACUUGCAUAUUUCAAUGAUAUAGCUGUAGGUGCAGUGUGCUGCAGAGUGGAUCAUUCACAGAAUCAAAAGAGACUUUACAUCAUGACACUAGGAUGCCUUGCACCUUACCGAAGACUAGGAAUAGGAACUAAAAUGCUAAAUCAUGUCCUAAACAUCUGUGAGAAAGAUGGCACUUUUGACAACAUCUAUCUGCAUGUCCAGAUCAGCAAUGAGUCAGCGAUUGACUUCUACAGGAAGUUUGGCUUUGAGAUUAUUGAGACGAAGAAGAACUACUAUAAGAGGAUAGAGCCUGCAGAUGCUCAUGUGCUUCAGAAAAACCUCAAAGUCCCAUCUGGUCAGAAUGCAGAGACACAAAAGACAGACAACUGAACAAAUUACAAAAGAACUUUCUUGCACUUGCUUGUCGCCAAAUAAAAGAAAGACCCAUUGAUUCCCCUCCCCCUUUCUUCAGCUUUUCUCCCUUGAUAUUCCUCCUUUCUUUCCUCUUAAAGUUUGUAAUACUUUCAAGGACUCUUAAAAAUGAUCAUGUUUGGAUUGUUUCAGUUCUCUUAUUUUUGUGAGGUGGUUGGGUUGAAGGAAAGAGAAAAUAGGUCUGUAUAGUUUCACAGUUAAGAUGUCCUCUCAAAUUGGGUAUCAGAUGAUUUCAAUUUUUUUUAACAUCCUGCUUUCACAUUGAAGGGCAGAGCCUACAAUAUUGUUUAUUUCAAAAAAAGCCACAGCAAUAUCUUAUUCUCUAAUUCAUAGACAAGCUUAGUGUAUUUGUGGUACUUUGAGUUUUAAAGACUAUCUGUGGGAUGUUAAUCCCUGACAUUGCCUUCACUCUACCUUUAGUCCUUUGAGUACUCUCAGGAGUUGGACCAUUGUUAUCCUUGUGAGAAAAUACUAAGCUGAUUUAGGGUUUUAAAGCAGUUUUUCUCUAUUUGCUGAUUGCUGGGGCUGUUUGUGUAGUUAGUAUUAGACUUUGAUCAAAGUAUUUCAGUUAAACUGCUAUUUAGCUGAUGAGUGGGUUGCUUGUUGGCAGGUGUUUUUUUGUUUUGUUUUUGGUGUUUGUUUUGGUUUGGGGUUUUUUUUUUUUUUCUUCCUGCUGUUAAUCUUGUUGCUAGAGGCAUUAACUUGUAGAGUAUGAGCUGGUGAAAUUAACUGUUUUAAUAUCCCAGCUAGAGAUACGGCCUUUAACUGACCUAAAGAAGAUUGUUACAAUUGAUUUUUUUCUCUUGUUUUUCAGUAAGCCCAAUAAUAGUGUAACCUUAAAUGGAGUUAUAUCCUUAUAAGCCAAUACCCCUAAAUAAACCCGAAGCAAGUGUUUUCUCUUGGACAUAUAAAAUUACAUAUAAAGCUUAGAUGGACUUGUAACACAUUAAGUGUUACCUAAUGUCAACUAAUACAGAUUGUUAGAACUGUGGUCAUUGAGUGUUUGAUAAUAUAUGAAAGAAUUUCUAGACAGUAUUUUUGAAAAUAACAUUGUUAUGCUAUUGCUUAUCUGUUGGAGAACAUCCCAGAUUUGCUUACACUCUGUGCCUACAAUGUUGAGUUUAAAGAGUUGGAAUAAGAGGAAUUGACAAAUUCCUUCUAUUCUUGGAACAAUAGAAGUAUGAAGUGUUAAUACAAAUAUCACUGUGACCUCCAGUUGACAGGUUUGGUUAAGGCCAGAUCAUUUACAGGCACAUUGGUAGUGGCUCUGAUGGGUUGAGAACUAUAAUGUGGAGACAUGUGAGAUACUCAUAUUUUCCUCACAUAGCCUCAUCUCAAAAUACAUGGCAUUUCUUAGAUUGUCAGUAGUCAUCAGUGGCUCGAGAAAUGUUCUUACUAGACUUUAAAACAGAACAUAGUAUGUUUUCUCUCAUUUGACUUUAAAAGGAAGUUUAAUAUAUCUUCUUUGGAAAAUUGUGGUAUGAAAGUCUUAUUUCCAAAUAGGUUAAAAAAAUGCUUAUGCACACUUUAUAACUCUUAAGUUUUUUGCUUGUUUUGUUUUGUUUUGAGAAUGUGAAAGUACAUUAAGUGGACUUCAGUAGUCUUGAGUGCCAAGAAAAUACAGACAAGGGGUGUGAUUGAUGGAUGGACGGACGGAUGGAUGAAUAGGGUAGUGAAAUUGUAGAAAUACCAUGCUUGUUUCUUGGGUAUCAGUUUUCUAGACAGUCCAAAUCUAAGCUCAAAAGAAAAGUUUAGUGUUAAGCACCUUUAUUUCCAUGGAUAAGCUUCAGCUUACUCUUGCCAAGAGAAGAAGGCAUAAAUGAUAGAGUGGAAUUAGUUUGAAGAAGUCAGCCAUUUUGUAAACUUCCAGAUAGCAAAUAGAUUUUGAUAUAUAAAAAGUUUUCUGAGAUGACACUGCCUCUAUUUCUAUAACCAUUUCACUUGGACUAUUUGAGUAGUCCUAUGAAUGUAUCCCUAAAUGUGUUUAUUGAAACCGAAUAGCUGCCUCACAACAAUUAAGUACAUGUUAUUUAAAGAGGAGGAACAAAUAAUAAAGUUUGAAUUGAGUGUGUAGGCUCCCUAUUAUUAUUUCCUUUUUCACACUAGUCGGUGAUUUAACCUAAAUUUUAAUUGUAUGUAAAGGGUCAAUUGUCCUGUAUCAAAGUUGCAUUAAAUAAUUCCAUCCACUUACAUAAGGGGAAGAUGUGAAAGAGGUAGAAACUGGGGCUAGUCCAUAUGCCUGUGAGUCAAGAAAUGCUAAAGUAACACCCCAUGUUAAGUUUGUGAUUUUUGGUUUGGGUUUGUUUGUUUUGGAUUCUUUUGUUUUGUUUUGUUUGUUUUUCGAGACAGGGUUUCUCUGUGUAGCUUUGGAGCCUAUCCUGGCACUCGGCUCUGGAGACCAGGCUGGCCUCAAACUCACAGAGACCCACCUGCCUCUGCCUCCCAGGUGCUGGGAUUAAAGGCAGGCGGUACCAAUGCCUGGCUCUUUGUUUUUAAUAUAUGAUAAAAAGAAAAAUAACCUUUGAGGUAAAGCAGUAAUUCUGUUAACUGGAAAUCUCCAUCAUUUUUCAGGACAGAUAAUUUUUACUGUGGGGUAAAUAGGUUAAAAUUAUUAUGUAUGCUAUUUGAAUUUAAGUUCUAAAGUAAUCUGUAGAGAAAUCUAUGCAAUAUAUAAUUUGUCAAGAUUAAUUUUCAUCUGGGGAAAGGAGUUUCUAAGUGUCUCCAAAGCAGGUCACUCAUUAAUUGAAAGUCCUCCAAAAAGAGAACUAUUGGGAAGCAUGGUGUGUGGUGGUGGAAAAGAAAAACUCCCUCAGUUUUUGGAGGGAAUAUCUUUAAGAUACUUAAGUGGCUGCGUUUACUUGGUGCAGUUAAGAAUUAAACUUGUCAAUUUUAAAGUUGCUGUUACAUCUGAAAUAAACUUACGUGAUGUUCUGGUA